AUGGUGCUGGUGGGAGCCCUGUGCAGCCUGCUGCUCCUCUGCCUGGUUGAGGAGGGCAUCAGCGAAGUGAGAAGAUACUACAUUGCUGCAGUGGAAACCGCCUGGGACUACACACACAGUGACCUGCUGUCCGUGCUGCAAGCGCCUGCAGGCACUUUCGGGCACGCGGGCCCACGUCCCCCUCCAGCUGGUGUCCCUCCCCAGUACAGGAAAGCUGUUUUUGUGGAAUACCCUGAUGCCUCAUUCACACAGCCCAAGCUCAAGCCAGCGUGGAUGGGUCUUCUAGGCCCCACCAUCCGAGCAGAAGUCUAUGACACAGUGGUCAUCACGUUUAAAAACCUGGCCUCUCGCCCGUACAACCUCCAUGCUGUCGGGGUGUCCUACUGGAAGGCAUCAGAAGGAGCAGGGUAUGAGGAUGAGACCAGCCAGCCAGAGAAGGAGGGGGACAGGGUGGAUCCUGGGAAGACACACACAUAUGUCUGGGAAAUCCAGGAAAACCAGGGCCCAACGGAGGAUGACUCAACGUGCCUGACCCACUCCUACUCCUCCAACACCAACAGCGUGAAGGACAUCAACUCUGGUUUGAUUGGAGCCCUGCUUGUGUGCCGACCUGGGACCCUGGCCAGUGAUAGGAAUGAGGGCCUGCAGAAAGAGUUUGUGCUGCUCUUCGCAGUGUUUGAUGAAGGGAAAAGCUGGUACUCUGAGCAGGACUCCCCAGCAGGUGCUCAGCCCCAGGCUCACAACAGGACAGAGCUGCACACCAUCAAUGGCUACAUCAAUGGCUCACUGCCUGGUCUCACACUGUGCCUCAAGAAGCAGGUUCACUGGCAUGUGAUUGGAUUGGGCUCUGGGCCAGAAGUCCACUCCAUCUUCUUUGAAGGCCACACAUUCCUGGUGAGAAGCCACCGCCUCAGCAGCCUAGAAAUCUCCCCUGCCACAUAUCUCACAGCCCAGACCACGCCAGGAACAGCUGGCUGGUUUCGGAUGUUCUGCCAGAUACUGUCCCAUCAGCAAGCUGGCAUGGAGGCCUUUGUGAAGGUGGAGGAGUGUCCUGAGGAACGCCUGCUGAAGAUGGGGAAGCCACUGAACGAGCCAGAGUACCUGGAUUACCCUGAGGAAGAUGAGGAAAUUUAUCAUGUGAUCCAAGUGCGUUCUUUUGCCAAAGACAGGCCCAUGACCUGGACUUACUACAUUGCAGCUGAGGAAAUGGACUGGGACUAUGCCCCUGUGAAGCCAGAGUCUCUGGACAGAAACUUGGCAAGCCUGUACCUGGAGCCUGGCCCACAGCGGAUCGGUUCAAAGUAUAAGAAAGUGGUGUUUGUGGAGUAUGAGGAUGCAACCUUCAAGAAGCGCAAGGUGUCCAACCCACAGGACAAAGGAAUUCUGGGGCCCGUCAUCAAGGGGGAGGUGGGAGAUCAAUUUAAGAUAGUGUUCAGGAAUCUGGCCAGCCGACCCUACAACAUCUACCCUCACGGCCUCAGCAGUGUCAGGCCCUACUAUGCCAUGAGACCCUCACAAGUGAAAGAUGUGAAGGAUAUUCCUAUUCCCCCUGGGCAGUCAUUCACCUACAGCUGGAGUCUCACCACUGAGGAUGGCCCAACAGAGGCAGAUCCUCGCUGCCUCACCCGUUUCUACUACAGCUCCAUCGACCCAGUCCGAGACACAGCCUCAGGCCUGAUUGGACCCCUCCUCAUCUGCUCCAAGAAGUCCAUGGAUCAGAGGGGGAAUCAGAUAAUGUCAGACAACAUGAAGUUGGUGUUGUUUUCAGUCUUUGAUGAGAACCACAGCUGGUACCUGGAGGAGAACAUCAAGAGGUUCUGCUCUGAUGCAGCCCAUGUGGAUACCCAGGACCUCCAGUUUUAUGCCUCCAAUGUGAUGCACACUAUUAAUGGCUUCAUAUUUGACAACCUCCAAACAAAACUCUGCCUGAACGACGUUGUGUACUGGUAUGUCCUGAGUGUUGGGGCCCAAACAGAUUUCCUCUCCAUCUUCUUCUCUGGAAACACCUUCAGGCGCAACAUGGUCUUUGAGGAUGUCCUUACGCUUUUCCCAUUUUCUGGAGAAACAGUCAUCAUGAGUUUGGAAAAGCCAGGUGUUUGGACACUGGGGUGCCUAAAUCCUGAUUUCAGAGACCGAGGGAUGCAUGCCAAGUUCACAGUCUCGCAGUGCCAGAAUGAGCAAUACACUGAUGAGGAAGAUUAUGUGUAUGCUGAUGGGGAGGAGGUUGCCUUUGAAUUCCAACCCAGGGGCUUCUCUAAAAGAAAGAAGUCAUGUGUGAAUGAGCAAUUGAACAGCAUCACCUCUUCCAGAAAUGAGAAAGAGAAGACAAGAUGCCUGACAGAACAUGGGGCUGUCCUGAGCAACAGCGGGAUUUCUGAUCCCUCUUCCAAUGGCACAUCAACAGUUUUAGGAACAAUGCCAAAUCCAAAUGAUAUUUCCAUGUCUUCUCUGCCAGAGACGAACUAUGAGCCAGUGUCCUAUGAGUCCUUCCUGGAAGAUGAAGAAUUGUCGAAAAUCAUCAGCCAGGAUGAAGGGUUUGGAACAACCCCACCAGGAGAACACUUGGUGAGUGUUAGUGGAAGGGUCCAUGGUACUGUGAGCUCAGAAGAAGAUCAGCAAUGGCUGCAUCAAGCCAUGGCAGCUCCAGGAGAUGCUCUGGCAGAAACAAAAGUGGCAAAAAUCCCAGAGCUGCAGGAGCCAGUAAAAGGAAUGACAGUCCAGUCUGGUGGCAUGGUACAGAACCUGGAAGCAGAGCCUCAAAACAAAACUACUCACACAACAAGCCUGUGGGACUCCAUUGCUUAUGCUGCUGGCAAAGCCCCUCUUCAGGAGAACAGGAGCUCAUUUCACCAGAAUGAUCUGAAGCACUACCUGGCAUUUCAAGAUAUGUCUUCACAGAGUAAUGAGGACAAGCUGCUAAAAGGGGCUGAUAAAAUAUCCCUUAACCUGAAUGACUCAGAGAAGACAAUCAGUACAGCACUGUCCUUAAGUAUUGAUCACAACUCUUCCUCCACAUUGAACAAUCCUUCUGUAUCUCCAGAUGAGACAGAAGAUAAUAGGUCUUCUCAUGCUGUGGUUCACAGUCACGCCAUAGAAAGCAAUUAUUCAUCAAAUGACCUAGAUGCUAGGCUGGAAAAAAGGCCUCACAAAGUGGUUUCACAAGGCUUUUAUGAAACUUUUGAAGUCCAAAAUGUUUCUUUGUCAGACAAACCUGUACAAGAAAAAGCCAGUGGACUUGCCAAAGACACCGGCCUUCUAGACACCAAUGACCUUGAGCCAUCCAGCUAUGUAAUGACAGAAGAGAGGGAUGAAGUAAUUUUGAAGGAAGUGUUUCAGGAUGCUAAGGAAUUAGCAGAGCUGGACAGUGUUGCCUUUUCUGAAUCAAAUAUUGUGACCAAUGACACCAGGCCAUUCCCAAGUGGUUUCUUGAAGAGCUCUGAGCAGUUUCCAAGACACAGAGUUACAGCCAGAAGCACAAGCGACCCUGCCUGGAGACCUAAACAAGCCAGGUCACUGGAGAGCAGAGGUUUGGGUCUUCCCAACACCAGCAGCAGGAAGCCCCUCUCUGAUGGUAAGACAGCAGAGCAGGAUCUGGCCAGCCCUCCCCCUGAGACAUCAGUGAAUAAGGAAGCCCCAAAGGCGAGUGGACCUCAUUUCCCAUUUUUCAUCACUCAAUUCAAAAAGAGGUCCUUGGUAUCAAGUGACACCCUGCCUGAGGUGAUGGUGGCCCCACAAAGCCUGGAAGAAAAAUCCAACAUGGUUGAGAGGAGGCUACAGGCAGGCAGGGAUGCUGUACAGGCUGAUGAGAUGUAUCCUGAGGAGAGGCUGAGCACAGACAGGGGGGUACAGGGCAGCAGUGAGGAGUCUCAGCGCAGCAGACGCUCCCUCCCCUCACAGGGAGCACUGGGGACAGGACCAGCAGUGGCAGCGAGCAGCUCAGAAAGGCAAGUCCUUGCUGAGGCUGCAGACCUGGCCUCAAACUGGGACCCAGUCUCCCCAGGGGCUGUGGUGAACACGGGGGACUUGCACAGCCCAGCUUUGGCUGAGCUGCAGCCAGGCAGAGCUGUGGUGUGGGGGGCUCCUGGAAGCGAGCAAGUUCAGGGAAGAAGCCAGGUGGAGGAGGAGACAAACUCUGUGGAGCAGCUGGGUUGGUUCAGUCCUGAGCCUCAGCAGCUGAAGGCCAAUGCCACAGAGGACCAUGUGUCUGGGACAAUGUCUGGGCAAAGCCCUGAUGGAACGUCUCUGAAAUCAGCCAUCAGAGAGAACUGUUCACUGUCUCCAAGUAGUCCCCCUCUCAACAACAACAGCACCAAAAAGCCAGCACAGGAUGUGCAAGACACUCCUCCUCAUGGAUGUCAGGUGCUCAGCAGGGAAGAUGUCCUCAGAGAAACAGGGAAGACAGAGGGCCAGGGCCUAGGAGAGCCCAUGGAGGAUGGGGAAAGCAACAGCACAGCUGGGGAGAGGAGCCACAAUCCAGCACACAGGGAGGAACAGGCCUUGAACAAUGGGACACAUUUCAGCCCCUCAAAGACUGCCAAGACAGAUUAUGAUGAGUACAGUGACACAGAGGAGACCAUGGAGGACUUUGACAUGUAUGGGGAAGAGGAGCAUGACCCGCGCUCCUUCCAGGGACGGAUCCGGCAAUACUUCAUUGCAGCAGUGGAGGUGAUAUGGGAAUAUGAGGACCAGAGGCCCCAGCACUUCCUAAAAGCAACGGACCCCCAAAGAAGCAGGAGGAAGCAUUCCUGGCAGUACCGCAAGGUGGUUUUCCGAGAGUACUUGGAUGGUUCUUUCACGCAGCCAGUGAAGCGGAGAGAGCAGGAUGAACACCUGGGCAUCCUUGGGCCCUACAUCAGGGCAGAAGUUCAAGAUGUCAUCAUGGUGACAUUUAAGAACCUGGCCUCACGGCCCUUCUCCUUCCACUCCACACUGACAGCCUAUGAGGGCACAACACAGCAGGGUGGAGUGGUGCAGCCUGGCGGCCUCCAGAAAUACUCCUGGAAAGUCCUGCCCCAGAUGGCACCAACCACGCAGGAAUUUGACUGCAAGGCCUGGGCUUACUUCUCCAAUGUGGACCUGGAGAAGGACCUGCACUCAGGCCUCAUUGGGCCACUGAUCAUCUGCAACCAUGGGGUGCUGAGCUCCAAGAAGCAGCUGGAAGUGCAGGAGUUCUCCCUGCUCUUCACCAUCUUUGACGAGACCAAGAGCUGGUACUUCCCGGGGAACGUGGACAGAAACUGCCGCCUCCCCUGCCGGAUCCAGCAGGACAGCCCUGACUUUAAGAGAAACCAUUCCUUCCAUGCCAUCAAUGGCUAUGUGAGUGACACCCUGCCUGGGCUGGUGAUGGCCCAGCAGCAACGGGUCCGAUGGCACCUGCUGAACAUGGGCAGCACUGAGGACAUCCACUCUGUCCACUUCCACGGGCAGCUGUUCAACGCCAGGACUAGCCAGGAGUAUCGCAUGGGAGUCUACAACCUUUAUCCUGGUGUCUUUGGGACAGUGGAGAUGGCGCCCUCACAUCCUGGGAUCUGGAGGGUGGAGUGCAAAGUGGGAGAGCACCAACAAGCUGGAAUGAGUGCCCUCUUCCUUGUGUACGACCUGAACUGCCGGAAUGCCCUGGGUAUGGCCUCAGGCAGCAUUGCAAACUCUCAGAUCACAGCUUCGGGCCAGUAUGGGCAGUGGGCUCCUUACCUGGCCAGGCUGGACAACACUGGCUCCAUCAAUGCAUGGAGCACUGACCGCAGCAACGCCUGGAUCCAGGUGGAUCUUUUGCAUCCCACCAUUAUUCAUGGCAUAAAAACCCAAGGGGCCCGACAAAAGUUCUCCAGCCUCUACAUCUCCCAGUUUGUUAUGUUCUACAGCCUUGAUGGGCGAAGGUGGAAGACAUACAGGGGCAAUGCCACGAGCUCACAGAUGCUGUUCUUUGGAAAUGUGGAUGCAACAGGAGUGAAAGAACACCAGCUGAACCCCCCAGUCGUAGCCCGGUACAUCCGCAUCCACCCCACCCACUACAACAUCCGGGCCACGCUGCGCAUGGAGCUCCUGGGCUGUGACCUCAACAGCUGCUCCAUGCCCUUAGGAAUGGAGAACAGGGGGAUUCCUGAUGAGCGCAUCUCCGCGUCCUCCCACAGCGCCAACGUCUUCUCCAGAUGGACACCGGCCCUGGCCCGCCUGAACCUUCAGGGCAGGACCAAUGCCUGGAGGCCAAAGAGCAACAGCCCCAGAGAGUGGCUGCAGGUGGACUUCGAAGUAACCAAGAAGGUGACUGCAAUCAUAACCCAAGGUGCCAAAGCUCUCUUCACCCAGAUGUUUGUGAAGGAGUUUGCUGUCUCCAUCAGCCAGGAUGGUGUGCACUGGAGCCCAGUCCUGCAAAAUGGCAAGGAGAAGAUUUUCAAGGCAAACCAAGACCAUCAGAGUGCAGUGACAAAUACCCUGGAGUCCCCUCUCUUUGCCCGCUAUGUGAGGAUACACCCCCGCCAGUGGUACAACCACAUUGCCCUGCGAAUAGAGUUCCUUGGCUGUGACACUCAGCAGGAGUACUGAUGGCUGCAGGGCCAGGAAGAGGCAGUGCCAGCCCAAGGACACAUAUCCCCCAGGCUGGAGCCAUCCCUCCAGGGUACUGGCUGCCCCUACUGCUGGGGAAGCUUUGUAUGGCUGGGUCAUUAGCUGCCUUUUCCUGU